GGUCUCUGAGUGGAGAAGAUAUAAAGUGACUGAACCGCGGGAAGUGUUGACUUGAAUCUCAGUGAAGAGGACGCGUUCAUUCUGGGCUUUGACCAUGGAGAGCUCCAAACUCUGGACAACAGCGAUGGCAUGCGCGUUGCUGCUCUCCUUCGUUCACGGUGCUGAAGUAGACGACUUUGACAAUGAAUCUGACUCACAAAAGAGAGCUUUGAGAGAGUUUUACCCAAAGGACCCGAAUUUGACCAACGAAAAGCAGCUCCUCGGAGCUUUACAUGAUGUUCUGGAGAAACUGCAGAGUAAACGGAUCUCACUUUGGGGAAAGAAGUUUGGGCGUGUUCCCACUUGCGACGUUGGGGAGCAAUGCGCCAUCAGGAAAGGAUCAAGAAUUGGCAAAAUGUGUGACUGUCCACGUGGAGCGUUUUGCAAUUACUUUUUGCUGAAGUGCUUGUAAAGAUAAAGAUGGAACAUGAAUUGGAAAUAUACACAUACACUAAUACUAAAGAUAUUUAUACAUUGUGUGAUUUCUAUUUUUAUGAUUAUGAAGUGCUAAAAUAAGAACAGAUGAAUUUGAACGAUUGUUCAAUUAUUUGCUGCUUGUGAAGUGUAAGUAAACCUGAAUAAAUUG